GUUUUUUUUCAAUAAGUUCUUUUAGAGCAUCGUGCCCCACUGUCCGAAUAAAGUGUGCGCCUAAGGUGUCAUGUGUUUAAGAAUAUACGUAUAAUAGAAAUACUUUCCCAAUCCGUAUAAGAGGAAAGAAGGGUCCGGCAAUAAGCAGUAGAAGAAUAACCCGCAGAAGAAGUUUAAUCGCUUCCAGAGAUCGGAGCCAGACAAAGAUAAGACUCCACGGCGGCACGAUCGGGAUGAUCCAAACGGGUCAAAAAUGAGUCAAAACUUGUAAAACCCCGGUUUUGGCCUUGUUACUAAGGAGAAAUUGACAUACUUAGCAAACAGAGAUAGAAUUAUUUCAAAAAGAGAUCAGGAAAGAGCCAUUUCCCAACCAAAUAAAACAGGAAAGCAUGAGGCUCGAAGCCCUUUCUCAUUUCGAAUUUCAUCUUAGUAUCGGUAAUGCCCCGCCCAAAAGUAUUUCAUCGCAAUCACACGCUAGCUUGGUUGGAAAAGCUCGUUUGCACCCACUAACUAAUACCUUCUCGUCAGUAUUGAAUUCUCCAUGCUUUCGCCUUGCUUUGUAGUCAUUUUCUAUGAGUAAUCGGUCCGAACUCAAUUUCAAGAAAAAACUCUAUCUCGCCUGUGGCCAAAAGUAGUGAAAAUGGUAUUUAGCUUAGUCAAUAUACAACACAACUGCUGAUUCUUCGCGAGAUGAAAACCCUUUGUCCUCCGUCUGCAGGGGCAAUUCCUGAGAAAAGUGCUACUAGCCCUUGUUUUGGUCAUGUCCACAGGCCUUUCCAUUCGUCUUUAUUCGUCUUUCUUUCGGCAAUCUAUGCAUAAUUCUACUUCUUGAACCACCGAAUCCGCUUUUGAAAAUGGAUAACUAGCUCCAUUCUGCGUCAAGUACUAAGGAUGGGCCCAAAGCACACUUUUGAAAGGCAUCGGUCACCUUAAAAACCCAAAAAGUAGGAAGUCUAGCGUGCUUCUUUAGUGCUGCUCUUCGAUCAGAUGCUUUCUCAUUGAACGAGGCAUAUUAAAGUGAAAGAAGUUCCAGGUCGAGUCCCGAGAAGGCGAUAGUUGAUUUUGAUCAUGAAGUUGGCACUGGACUUUGGAAUUGAUUCUGGACCCCCACCUGCUCAGGACGCCCCGCCUGCUCAGGACGAUCCCAUUACGGAUUUUCUGGAGGGGGACACGCUUGACCCAGCGCAAAAACGGGAAUUCAGAAAUAUUCUGAAUUUCUUGAAGACCAAAAGCAGAACGAACCUUCAAAAUGAGCGAAUCGUAAUAAAAAGAUGUUGGGGGGGCGAGGGUAGUAGUUACGAAUCCAGGGCAAUCAACCACUAUCUAAAAACCCAGGUUGGACAACUGCGUGCUGGGGGAUUAGCAGGGGAUUUUGUCGUAAAGGAAUUACGGAAAUGGAAAAGGGACUUCAAAGCUCAGAAGAGACGGUCCCACUUCUAUCAGGGCCUUCUCGGGGUCUUGAGCAAUGUUAAUUUGCAUUGAUUGCAAACAGGGUGCGGGAUUCUCUGACGCAAACAAAGAAAAGGUCCCGGAGAAAGGAAUCAGUCUCUUCAGUCCGGCGCAUGCCUCAAAUUCAUUUUUCCUUUGAAUUACUCAUUUUUUUGAAUUUCGCACCGGAAACUUUUCUAGGAGAAGUUCGAAUCCGUUCCGUUCGGAUAUUGAUCGGUCUUGGUUUGACAUGGUUUACGCGUUACUGGUUCCCGGAAGAGUCAAUUUCUCCAUUAGCUAAACCCUUUAUUACCCUACCUUUGGACUCGUAUUUUGUUUGUACACAAUCAACGGAGGCCCCCCCGACAUAUGUUGCAACGUCUUCAAUAGCAUGCUCUUACUUCGUCUUUCCCUUAAUAAGUCAUCAAAUUUGGUGCUUUUCGAUCCCCAGUUGCUAUGGGGAACAAAGGCAGAAAUACAAUAGAAUCCUCCAUUUAAGUGGUUCUCGCUUCUCCUUGUUCCUGCUCCUAACUCCUCCCCGGGUAGUUCCCAAUGUUUGGCACUUUCCAUACUUCGUGGGUGCAACAUCAACAAAUUCGCUCAUGAUCAAGUUACAACCUAAGAUCUAUGACUAUAUUAUGUUAACUGUUCGUAUUUUGUUCAUUCCAUCGGUAUGCUCCCAGGUACCUGUAAUUGUGAUCUGUUUGCCAGAACCAAGGGGUCUUUCUGUGGAAACCUUCACGAGCAAUCGUCGUUUUUUGAUGGUUUUUCCGCUUUUCACAGCUGCUCUUUCCACACCCCCGGAUAUCUGGUGCCAAACCGUCGCCCCUUUCCUUAUAUAUUCGAUAAUCGAGUUUGCUAUCUUUGUGGCAUUGAUUGUACAAGUUCGUGAAGAGGGCUGGACGAGUAGAAUGAGGGAAAGCGGCUCGAUCGAGAAAAAAGAGGAGUAGACUAGAAAACCUAGAACUUAAAAAGUCACUAUCAAUGAAUUCCCGAGCAAUUCUAAACCAACAUAUGCUCCGUAUAGACGGAAUCUCAGAUAAGAACCUAACAGAAGUUUCGCGACUCCUUCAUGGAAUAUAGGUCUGAGUAUAUAAAUAAUGUCAGUUCGAACCUGACGAGUCGUUAUCAUCUGUUGCCCUAACUGAGUCCAUUAGCUCUUGUUGCCCUUCUAUGGUGGGGAUCCAUAGAGAGUUCGUUUUAUGAAAUAUCUGAUAAAGUAAAAAAAAAAGAGAGACAGGUGGUUGCAACAAUCACAAACCAUAGAAAAAAAUGCAUAUCCCGUGUGUGCUCUAGUUUCGGGUUCUCCUAGACCACCAUUAUGAACCAAAAACAACCAUACCUAGUGAAGGGGAGCUCUUCGCAGCUGUCAGUGGAAAGAUGGAAAUUGGUUCUAAAAGAGCCGAGCUAGGGAUAAGAGAUAUGGUUGGUUGGCAGAAUGGAAGGAAUGCUAUUCUAAUGGGAACCGGGAAAAGAAUGGUUCCCAAUACAGGGCCCGAAGAAGAGAGACGAAAGGAAGUAGUGAAAGAAGAAAUAAAGUACGCGGAUCAAAGUGAAAAAUCACAUAGCUACUAAGUCAAAACGUCCAAUGAGAAUGGAGAUCAAGAGGGACAUGAAAUCCAUUAGCAGCUCUAUCAGUUAUUUCAUUAUUAGCAUUCCUUAACCAAUA